AAUCCUUUUCGAAAAAAAAUGCGUAUAGUUUUAAGCGGCCGGGCCCUUUGCCAGAAAAUAUAAAAUUACAAUUAAAUUUCCUAAGUUUCAUUAACUCGUAUAAGUUUUUCAUAAGAUUUAAUGGUUUCGUUAAAAAUCAUAAUAAAAAAUUAGUGAAGUUUUUAGCUUGAACUUUACCACGUAAUAUUUUAUCAAAUACCUAAUAUUUUUUGUUAGGUAUCAAGGUCCAAGUUCUUAUGUGGUGAGAUAAUUCAAAGCACCUUAAUUUUAUAUUGCCAUACUGUUUCUGUAUUUUAAAGAUUUGAUAUAAGCAUUCAACAAUAAAAUAGUCAUGUCUUCACUAUUUAGUUACGAGACUCUCGUUCAUGCCUUAGCUGGGGCAACGGGAAGCGUGAUUGGUAUGGCUGCAUUCUAUCCUUUAGACACGCUGCGUUCAAGGCAGCAAGUUCAAGAUGAUGCAAAAUUGCAAGGCAGUACAUGGGAGACAUUAGUGAAAUUAUUCAACGAGGAAGGUGUGGAAUCUCUAUAUCGUGGUUUGCUGCCUGUAUUACAGUCUUUGUCUGUGUCGAACUUUGUAUACUUUUACACUUUCCACUCUCUGAGAAGAUCUUUUAUGAAAAGCAAUAACUCAGCUUUAGCAGAUUUGAUGUUUGGUGUGUUGGCUGGCAGUGUGAAUGUGCUCAUCACAUCUCCAUUGUGGGUUGUGAACACGAGAAUGAAGUUGGAAAAAAAUGUGUAUCCGAGUCUAUACCGAGGCCUCUAUGAAAUCUCUAAGAGAGAAGGAGCCAAGGGCCUCUGGUCGGGCACUUUGCCUUCCUUGCUCCUGGUUUCCAAUCCAGCAAUACAAUUUAUGGUAUACGAGUUCUUAAAGAGACGUCUUGUAUCAAAGAGAAUAUUCAAUACCUUAACGGCCUUCCUUAUUGGAGCCAUUGCGAAAGGCAUUGCGACUACUAUGACAUACCCUCUGCAGUUAGUACAAUCUAGACUGAGAGCUGGAGCGAGUAUGAAACCAUUAAUUAAAGAUGUCAAAAGAGAUCCUGCAAAUAUCUUUCGGGGCUUAGAGGCUAAGCUGCUACAGACUAUUAUGACUGCAGCAUUAAUGUUUCUAAUUUAUGAGAAGAUUGUGCGUUUUACAUUAACAAUUAUGAGGGUUAAAAUAGCUAAAUAAUGAUAUAUCUUUAAAUUA